UGCGGCAUUAUUUAAGGGGCAGGGGAGCCCUAAGCGUUGCACUGUCAUGUCCACAGAGACAAAGGUCACUCGAAGAUAAGUCAUCAUUCAAAUCAGGCGGAUUAAAGGUCUGUCUCAAAAGGACGAAGAUGCACUGUCUAAGCAGAAACCCCCGCUCCUGCCUGGUGAACUCCUACAGUGAUUUCAAGGAGAAGAAUGAGCAGAGGAGAGAGGGCUAUGAAGCUACGUGGUUAGACGUGGUGAUGGAAACGAGGCCCGAGCAGAAUAUGAAUCUUCUUGAAAACAAUUCUUUGCGGAGGGAAACGUACGAGCAGAAGCAGUGGGCACAUUUCGUGGUGCGCAGGCACCCUGACCAAACUCUCCGCAUUGGAAGAUACGGAGACAAAAUGCGCAGAUACGAGUUGCCCUACAGGAAUGUUCUGCCACUACCACUUUUUGUGCCCAAGAAUAUUGCACUGCAGAAUGAAUUAAACCAGAAGCCAAUUCCGGCAGAAGAUCGCUCCACUGUGGAAUUUGACAAAGCGUCACUCGUAGGCGUUUGCACUUACAAAAAAGAUCCUUCACAGAUAUGUAGGGACAUGCCACCGAUGAUACAACCGAGCCGCCUAGACUUCAGAGCGUCCCGCGCCUGAUGUCCAGUGCGUGCUGGAGUCCGAGGCGAGUGAUGGCUGCAAUGGAACGCAGGUUGGCUGGUGACAUCACAAGAACCGGACUGGACUUUGUGUGUAUUCUUAAUUGGUCGGAUCCAUCUGAUGACAACCUGUGAGCUUAAUGUUUGUUGUGCUCGACCGGUCAGUAACUUUGGUCUGUGUUGAAAGAUAUGUGACACGUUAGCCUGUUGCAGACAAGUUUUUUCAAAACACCUGACACUUGUAGUUUAUGGGAGAUACAACACAGCCAAUAGGCUAUCAAACCAUGCAAACAUGUAGAGUAGAGUAAAACAAUGAUAGCCUAUCCCUGAAGGUGAUACUGGUGAUUUAAGUUUGAAAUGUUCGACAAUGAUACUGUCUGAAAAGAUGUAAUAUAAUCAUGACAGGUCGCAAAUAGCGUUGUGGAGUAAGGAGUGAACUAAGCAUACGAGAGUGUAUAUGAUGUGAGGAAGGUUAUUGCAGAUUGCAGUUGACAUUCUGUGUGCAGGAGACUUCAGUAGUAAUCUGCUACCUUAUACUGCCAUCGUGUGGACAAAUAUGGAAAUACGGUAAGCACUGUGGCGAGAAACUAAACAUUCAUGUUCAAACGGCAGAAACUGAUUUCACUAUGGAUGAAAUAUUAAAAGCUAUGAAUUAUCCAUGGACUGCCCAUCCAUGGUAUUCCAUUUGGAGUGA